UGUAUUAUUUUACAACUGUGAUAUUCUAAUUUUUCUGUAUUUGUUUUUUUUAAGUUUUCAAGCACAAUUUGUUAUUGGAGAUUGAAAUGACCAAUUGAAUAUAUUUUAUGUUCAAUCAAUGUAGUUUAAUAAACUUUUGGAACAUUUCAUUUGUUUAAAAUUUCAUGGGCAAUCCCCUGCUGUGGUGGCUACAAAGCCUCAUUACUUUCUUGAUUUGGAUGUCCAACGAACAGUGGAAAAUUUUCUUGACAAUGUACCUGAAUUUUGGUCUUCCACUGAGUUUGCUGAGUCCUUGAGAGAUGGUGAUAUUUUGUUCCUUGAUACCAAGUACUUUGUCGAAUUUUUUGUUGGCUUGAUGUACAAAGAGGAUUCAAGAGAUGUAUGGGAAGUUAUAAGUCAGUUUCUUAUGAAUGAAUCUUUUUCCUUUUUGUGUAACCGCCUCCUUAUCACUCUUGGAGACAGGGAAUUGUUCACUGUUCUGGACAUAUUGUUUAGUUUUGCUUUCUCAACUACCAAUAGCAGUAAGAGUUGUCAAGCAUUAAAUAAUAAUUUUCAAAUAGAAAUGUGUAUUCAAUUUGGCCGUAGGUAUGAUAAGCUUGCUAAAUAUCCUACUUUUCCCAGUCUCUAUGAUUAUAGAAUUUUUUUUUAUGGGAGUCAUCUGUUGCAUCCUGCAGUUUUAUUGUUUCAAGCACAAUAUCAUGGUAUGUUGAUUUGCUAUUGGAAUGUCAAUCCAGAUCUACUCCUUAGUAUUCUAUCUCCAGAUUUAUUGUUUGGUAUUCUAUCUGAAGUUUAGUGUUUUUACAACUUGAAAAUGUAAAUUUCUAAUCAUUUGGUAUGCAAUGAUGGCAGAUGCAAGGUGUAGUGAACUUUUUUGGCAGGAUAUCAAUUCUGAUAGACCAGAACACCCAGGCAUUUCACAUGUUCAUGACUGCACUGCUUCAGCUUUUUGAUCGCACGGGCUUAUUGUAUGGAGAGUUGGCGAGAUUUGUUUUGCGAUUGUUGGGAAUCAAAACAAAACCCAGAAAGGUUGAAGGACCAGGGCCUAAUGGACUUCCUGCUCCUCUCAAUCCCCACGGUAAUCAAAACUACAUUGAGGGUCCAAAGGGCGCUCCAAGUGGUGGAUGGGAUAAUGUUUGGGGAGACGGUUCUAGUUAAGCCCACAAUUUCAACUUGAUAAAAUGAUAAAACGAGACUAGAAUUACAAGCUGUUGUAUUUUAGAAUUGGAAAAAAAAUUAUAAUUGAAUUGCAAAGCUGGAAACUUUUAUAGUUACAGCAAAAAACAGAAAAACUAAAAAAAACAGUGACCACUACUGCCACUUCGCUUAACA